AUGUCAAAAUGCAAAAUAUUUCUAUUCUUGUUGAUUAUAACAAUCACUAUUUUAGGAAUUGAUGGUCGAUCUCUUCGUAAAAGACGGCAAACAUGGCCAUUUAUUCUUGCUCCAGGUGGAAAUACUUUUGCAGCAAGUGGUUACUAUGGAAUGCAAACAAAUAUUGCCUAUCCAGAAAGUGGUAUUGGUUAUAAUUCAAAUUAUCAACCAUGGAAUCCAUAUCAACAGGGAUAUUAUCCACAAAAUCAGUUCAAUAAUUAUAAUCCAUAUGGCUACAAUCCAUCAUAUCCAUAUAUGAAUAAUCAAAAUAUACCAUACGGAGGACCAGGAAUAAAUAAUGGAGUACCUUAUUAUGAUCAAGGAAAUUACAAUGGAUAUUAUCCACCUGUAAAUCCAAAUAUUGUAUACCCACCAGGUCGCAGUGUCGGUGGACUAUUGCCUCCGGGUGUAAUGAAUUCGCGAACAGGUGCUAAUAUGGGUCAAUUGAGUCAAGUUGAACGCAUUAAUAAACCAGCAUUAUCUUCGAAUACUUGA